GUGUCAGCAAACGUAUGACAGCGAGAAAAGUCAGACUUUCAUGCCGCAUCAAAAUAAGUCGGCCCUCAUGAGCUUCGAAAUAAACAACUAAUUUUUUCUCUGAUGGAUGUGUUGAAACUUAGUCGUGAUAAAUUUGUUAUUACCACAUAAUUCGAGCAUAUAUUUUCAAGAACAAUGAAAGCCAUCAUUCAGAGGGUUUCAGCAGCGAAAGUUACUGUUGGUGAAGAACUCAUCAGUUCUAUCGGUAGAGGCUUGUGCGUGCUAAUCGGUAUAUCAAACGAAGAUAAUGCCAAUGAUGUCGAAUGGAUGGCCAAGAAACUGUUGAACAUUCGCCUUUUCGAGGACUCUUCCGGUAAAAGGUGGAACCAAAGUGUUCUGGACCAGCAGCUGGAACUGCUGUGCGUCAGUCAGUUUACUCUGUAUCAUCGUAUGAAGGGUAAUCGGCCCGAUUUUAGUAAGGCUAUGCAAGGUGCAGAUGCACAGAAUUUGUACAAUUCACUACUGCAGAAGCUGGGUGCUCUCUAUCAUGCGGACAGAAUUAAGGAUGGAAAAUUCGGAGCCAUGAUGCAGGUGCACAUCCAGAACGACGGUCCUGUGACCCUGGAGAUCGAAUCCCCUCCACAGAGCCAACAAGAGUUGGACAAACUGAAGCGAUCCAAUGAACAUAAGGCGAAGAGUAAAAACACUGGUAAUGAAAUGACGAAUGAUGUUUAGUAAUGUUUAA